GGAGGGGUGAGCCAUCUCUGCUGCCUGAGUUGCAAUUACACCUACAAAUGCCUUCUGUGUUGUAUGGUGCCUGCAUUCUGGCUCUUAAAUUCCUUUGGCUGUUUGUGGUGUUAGAAGCAACUACCAGAACCUAUUAUGUUGGGAUUGUGGAGGAGAACUGGGACUAUGCACCAACUGGGAAGAAUCUGAUUACAGGACAAAGCCUCACAGAAGAUGAACAUGCGAGUGGGUUUGUGAAGAGAGGAGCCAACAGAAUAGGACGUAUUUACAAGAAAGCUGUUUAUAAACAGUUCACAGAUGGUACCUACAUGCAGGAGAUUCCUAAGCCAUCCUGGUUGGGGUUCCUCGGUCCAGUGAUGAAGGCUCAAGAAGAGGAUAUCUUUGUUGUUCACUUAAAGAACUUUGCUUUCCGUCCAUAUUCUCUGCAUCCACAUGGUCUCUUUUAUGACAAAGAUUCUGAAGGAGCCCUCUACCCAGAUGGAACAAGUGGCAAAAGCAAAGAGGAUGAUAUUGUUGUUCCUGGUGGAAAUUAUACGUAUACAUGGCCAGUGAAGAAAGAGUAUGCCCCCACUUUGGCAGACCCAACCUGCCUGACUUGGAUUUACCAUUCGCACAUUGAUACACCUCGAGAUAUCAGUUCUGGGUUAAUCGGACCAUUGCUGGUUUGUAAAAAAGGAAGUUUAGAUGAUACCUUGAUACAAGGCACUGAUGCUGCUAAAGGCUUUGCCCUGAUGUAUAGCAUUGUAGAUGAAAAUCUCAGCUGGUAUAUUGAUGCAAAUAUAAAAGCUUUCUGCUUGGACCCAGCCACGGUUGACAAAGAGGAAGAAGGUUUCAAGAACAGCAACAAAAUGCAUGCUAUUAAUGGCUACAUUUUUGGAAAUCUCCCCACCUUGGAGAUGUGUGCUGGUCAAUCCGUGUCCUGGUAUUUGAUUGGAAUGGGUAAUGAGAUAGACAUCCACUCUGCAUAUUUCUAUGGCCAUACCAUCAUUAACAGAGGCCACAGGGCAGACGUCGUCAACCUGUUUCCAGCAACCUUCAUUACAGUGGAAAUGAUUGCAGGGAAUGUUGGGAAGUGGCUGUUAGCCUGUCAAGUAAAUGAACAUUUACAAGCUGGUAUGAAGGGGCUGUAUAACGUUCAGAUCUGCCAUAAAAAUGUUUCUCAGCCUUCAUUGACUGGUCAGGAAAGAAGAUAUUUUAUUGCUGCUGAAGCCGUGCUAUGGAAUUACGGCCCUGAAGGCUAUGACAAAUUCACGGGGCAGGCCUUGAAUACCACUGGCAGUGAGUCUGCACCAUUCUUUACACAAGGGACAGAUAGAAUAGGAGGACAGUACUGGAAAGUUCAGUUUGUGGAAUACACUGAUGACAAGUUUACCAGAAAGAAGAACCGAACUGAGGCUACAAUGCACCUUGGAAUACUUGGCCCAGUUAUCAAGGCUGAAGUGGGAGAUACUUUGUUAGUUACCUUUGCCAACAGAGCUGAGAAGAACUAUAGCAUUAUGCCACAUGGUGUGAGCUAUAGCAAGCAAUCAGAAGGAACGUCCUAUUUAGAUGGACAUUGGAAGUUGGGAGCCCAUGUUAAACCCUGUGAGACCUUCACAUACAAAUGGAGAGUGCCUGAAAACGUAGGCCCAACCACCAGCGAUCCACCGUGCCUGACUUACCUGUACUACUCAGCAUCUGAUCCAGUCAUGGACACCAACUCUGGCCUUGUGGGACCUUUGAUAGUUUGUAGAAAGAACACUUUGAAUCGUGAUGGAACACAGAAAGGAAUAGACAAGGAAUUUUAUCUGCUCUUCACAGUCUUUGAUGAGAAUCUCAGCUGGUAUCUUGACAAAAAUAUUAAGGUGUUUACUGGGGACCCCUCAAAGGUAAACAAUGAAGAUGAGGAUUUCCAGGAAUCCAACAAAAUGCACGCUGUAAAUGGCUACUUGUUCGGUAAUCUGCCAGGAUUGGUGAUGUGCAAGGAUGACAACGUUUCUUGGCAUAUGAUUGGCUUAGGUACCUUCACGGACAUGCAUGGAGUUCAUUUCCAAGGAAACACCAUCCAUUUGAGCGGGACGACAAGGGAUACUCUGGCCUUGUUUCCCCACUCGUCGGGGACAGCGCUCAUGCAGCCAGACCACGUGGGCAUUUUUAAAGUGGUUUGCAGAACAUUUGAUCACUUUGUAGCUGGAAUGAAACAGACAUAUGAAGUGAAUAGGUGUAGCAGUACAGCUCGCCCGGGGCAGCCCUAUGGAACCAUGAGAACAUAUUACGUUGCUGCGGAAGAACUGGAAUGGGAUUAUGCACCUAAUAAGACCUGGGCUCUGAGUGGCAAAGAUGCAAGUUACGGGAAAAUUUUUGUAAGCCCAGGUGAAGAUCGGAUUGGUUCAAAAUACAAGAAGGUGGUUUACAGAGAGUACACAAAUGGAGAAUUUACAGAGCACAAAGUGAGAUCAGCACAUGAGGAACACUUAGCAAUCCUAGGGCCCUUAAUCCAUGCAGAGGUUGGUGACUCCAUACUGGUUAUAUUUAAGAAUAAAGCUAACAGGCCCUAUUCAAUAACUGCACAUGGCAUAGAGGAAGUGGGUAGUGGAGAAAGACCUGGAACGCUAAUCACUAUGCCUGGGGAAAUAAAUACAUACAGAUGGAAUGUCCCAGAAAGGUCAGGUCCGGGUUCUUCUGAUCCAAACUGCAUCAGUUGGGUUUAUUAUUCAACAGUGAAUUUUGUCAAGGACACUUACAGUGGUUUGGUUGGGCCGCUAGUAAUUUGCAGAAAAGGAAUACUAAAUGAAAAGGGUUUAAGGAGAGAGAUUGAUCGUGAAUUUGCUCUUCUGUUCAUGGUCUUUGAUGAAAAUGAGUCCUGGUAUUUGAAUGAAAAUAUUGAAAAGUAUCUGCAUAAGUGUCCUGAUGACUUUAAUCACACCGAGGACUUUCUGGAGGGUAACAUCAUGCAUGCAAUUAAUGGAAGGGUCUAUGACAAUCUCCAUGGGCUAACAAUGAAAGAAGGUGCAAACACAAACUGGUACUUGAUAGGAAUGGGAAAUGAAAUCGAUAUCCAUACAGUCCAUUUCCAUGCAGAGACCUUCAUCUUCAAGACAGAUAAUGAUCACAGAGCAGAUGUGUAUGACCUUUUCCCUGGGACGUUUCAAACAAUCGAACUCAUAGCAGAUAACCCUGGAACAUGGCUUCUGCACUGUCACGUAGCUGACCACAUUCAUGCUGGCAUGGAGACAACUUUUACCAUCAGCAAAUCAGACAACAACGUUCCUUUAGAAGGAGGAGUAACAACCACAGCAUAUGACUCAAUUAAUGUAAAACACCAGGAUACUGUAAAGGGUGGUGACAGAGAAGGAAUAAAAUUCUUAGGCAAAGCUCUGGGUGCAGGAGAAGCUAGCUCAACACUCAUAGCCCUUUUUUCUGUUGGACUUGUUCUUCUGGCAACAGUAUUAACCCUCAUCAUCCUCAUCACUUGUCAGAGAAAAAGGACAUACUACAGGUACCCAGAUAAGCUGUUUUCCUCCCAGCUCAUUCUCCUGGCGCCAGGCUGCGUAUGUGGAUUCCUACUGCUGGGCAGCUGUGCAGCAAAAGCAGUUAUCACAGAGCGAUUCAGGACACAUUCCACUGUGGCUUCAUAAAUUUUUCCCAUAUAUCCUGCUACUAGUUGCUAUCCUGUUGUAUCUACCAUGCUUGUUCUGGCGCUUCACUGCAGCACCUCAUCUUUGCUCAGAUCUGAAAUUUAUUAUGGAAGAACUUGACAAGGCCUACAACAGGGCAAU